AUGUAUGGUUGGGGUGCUCUAUUGGAUCAACCUCCGGAUGAACCUACACUCUCAACUUCGGGACAGAUUCUUGUAGGAUGGUGGCUCGUAUUUUGUGUGAUCGUCUCAACAGGUUUCAGAUCUUCUUUAGUGGCUCAUCUCACAGUCCAGGGCACUGUAAAACCCGUAGAGACGCUACAGGACUUGGUUUCCGCAAAUGGUUGGCAAUGGAGCGCUGAACCUUGGCUGAUGAAUGGAAUUUUACGUGAAUAUUUUUCGAAAAAUAAUGAUCCAGUGGUAAAACAAGUGUAUGAAAAAACCAAGGUUUUGGAUUCUGAGAGAACACUGAUGAAAGUACUGGAAGGAAGUUUUUCUUUUAUCAGUUUCAAAAACUAUGUCAGCGUUGCUGUUGCAUCAAAAUUUGCUGGCAGCAUCGAAAAAUCCCCAUUUUACUUCAGCAAAGAAGGUGUGUCCAUCAUGGCAGUUUUUGGAUGGCAUACCAGGUAUGGUGCUCCAUUUCAAUAUAGGUUCAGUCAUAUAUUUCACCGGUUGGAAGAUGUUGGAAUCACUUCACGUUGGAAAGAUGAAGUUAUAGCACGACGGAUACAAGAAAACAGAGAUGCUGUCUUAAAAAAUCCAGCAGUAAAAUACAAGACUUUUCAGGGUGCGAAUCCUCAACAGGAACAAGAAAAGGUAACUUAUACUGAAUGA